AUGUCGUCGUCGACACUGUCGGCGGUGACCACUCCGGCCACGUCUCCCAUCGCCACUCCCACCACCAAUAGGUCCACCAGACAAGUGAUGGCCUCCAAGAGGGACAGCGGCGGCCAACAGACGCAGAGGAGGAGCUCUUCGCGUAGUAUUAAACGCAAGAAGUUUGACGACGAAGUGGUCGAAAGCAGUAUUACUUACCCUAAGAUCCAGCGCUCGAGGACUCUGUCCACCACUACAGCGGUGAGCACUGGAGGCAAAGGAGGACCCGUCAUGACAACCAUCGCCAGUCCUCUGCCAUUGACAGCUCCGGCACUGACGCCCACACCAGAGCCGGUGCUCAAGAAGUCGAAACCCGUGGCCACCGUAUCGUCGAAGAGGAGGCGUUACCGAAACGCGCACAACAAUGCCCUCAAAGACAUCGGCCGAUGGAAACCGAGCGACGAUUUGGCGCUCGUUAUAGCCGUACAGCAGACCAAUGACUUGGAGUGUGUCUACCAGUCGGUGAAGUUCUCGUGUAAAUUCACUCUACAAGACAUUGAGGACCGAUGGUAUGCACUGCUAUACGACGCGACCAUCGCUAAGGUGGCGGUGGCGGCGAUGAGACAAUUGCAUCCCGACGUCAUAGCACAGGUCCACUCAAAGGCCAUCUUCAGUGAAGCCGAAGAGAAUGUCCUCAAGAGUGUGCUGUCGACGAGUCAGCCCUCUUCGGACACAUUCGACCAGUUAUUACUCAAACACUCGGAUGUCUUCUUACCUCAAAGAACGGCUAAAUCCUUGUCCACUCACUGGACUCUUCUCAAACACUAUCACUUACUUCCCGAUCAAACGGUUCAUCCAUUGCCACGACAUGAAGAAGUGAUCAACUUUUGCGACGCCGAAGAGAUUAUCGAUAAGGAGUUGCAGCACCAGAUGCCGGCCCUCUAUGGCUCUAAAGACGAGGCCUUACAACAGGAACUGCUGUUCGGCGACCGCAAGACUAAGCGUGAGAUUCGGUUACUGGAGAACGAGAUCCCGAAAUGGCAGGUAUUGGUGGACAGUAUCACAGGAGUGGCGCCGUCCGACUUCGACAACCAGACACUGGCGGUGUUGAGGGGCCGUCUCGUGCGCUAUUUGAUGCGAUCGCGUGAAAUCACUUUAGGCCGAUGCACUAAAGACAGUGUCGUAGACGUGGACCUGUCUCUGGAAGGGCCGGCCUCUAAGAUAUCGCGCAAACAGGGGAUCAUAAAACUGCAGCCGAACGGGGACUUCAUAAUAGCCAAUACAGGCAAACGUCCCUUUUAUAUAGACUCGAAGCCAGUGCUGGGCGCCGGCAGUUGUCUUAAAAUCAACAACAACUCUGUCGUAGAGAUCGCUGGACUGCGGUUCGUAUUCCUCAUAAACCAGGACCUGAUCGCUGCGGUCAGGGCUGAGGCACUCAAGAAUCAGAUGUAA